AACCCAAAUUAUCCAACUAUAAAAAGCAUUGCAUCAACUGGACUGAAACGAAUAACAAUUGAAAUACAGUUCCCUGCAAUCGGUGAAAUAAAAUGCAAUUAUAACGGUACAAACGGAUACGUAGAUUUAAUCAAAGUGAAAUUGAAGAAGACAAACACUGAGAAUACCUACCAAACCAAAAUCAUUUAUAUUUUGGGUCAAAUUAAACGAAUACAAUAUUUUGAUGUUACUGACAACGAGUUGCUACCUUAUACAGAAUAUGAUGUGAUAGUUAUACUUGCAAAUCGUAAUGAAGAGAGUGAUUCCAGUGGCAAAGCGGUUGUAAGAAUGGUUGAAGAUGUUCCAUCUCAACCAAGAAAUGUCACUUUAGAUCCAGCUGUGUUUUUCAUUACUGUGCAAUGGUUGAUACCAGAGCCUGCAAAUGGUAAAAUAACGGGGUAUCAGAUAACAAAUUGGAUAUAUAAUAAUCCAAGCACACUUAAAUCAUUAGAAAUAACGGAUGAUCUAUUAGAUGUCAUGAAGUACCAGAUAACAGACCUGGAAUACGACGUCAGAUAUUCUGUAAAGGUAAAAGCGUCGACUAGUGUUGGAUAUGGUAUUGCAAGCUCUGAAGUAAGCAUCACAACAGCUGAGACAG